UUCUCCUUUAUCUCCCGACCUUGAAUUCUAAAUCACAUGAUCACGUUCGACAGCUUGAAUUUCAAGCGACUUAGUCAUUGAUAGUCGCUGUUUUCCGUUGUACUGAUUGAUGUAACCCGAGGUUACGUUGAUAGCACGCGAUCAUGCCGCCGAAGAAGAACGCCGGUGCCGCGAAGUCCGGCAAGGGAAAAUCCUCGGAGGAGAGCAGCAGCGGGAAGACAGAGAAAAAAGGAGGAACUUCGGUGAAGGUUAGACAUAUUUUGUGCGAGAAACAGUCCAAGAUAUUGGAGGCGUUGGAGAAGUUGAAGGCUGGUCAGAAAUUCAAUGAGGUUGCGGCAACAUACAGCGAGGACAAAGCCAGAUCUGGGGGUGAUCUUGGUUGGAUGACGCGAGGUUCCAUGGUAGGACCUUUCCAAGAUGCUGCCUUUGCAUUACCAGUUUCUAGCCUGGGGUCUCCGGUUUAUACGGAUCCACCGGUAAAAACAAAGUUCGGGUAUCACAUCAUAAUGGUGGAAGGUAAAAAGUAAUCAAAAAUAAUUGCCAAAACUUUUUUAAACUCUUUUGUGAAUACCUUGUCUUGUUACAUAUCUG